CUGACAUGAUCCUCGAUGCACAGAUGUCUUUCUUUUUUCCUUCAAGUAUUUAGCGUACUGUAGUAGGACCCCUUAAAUCCCUUCUCUUGCAUGCAUGUAACUUAUGUGCUGUGCUCGCUUCUGUUUCCCCUCAAAUUGCGCCAUCGGGAUCCAGCACCUUCGCACCAACUUGCUCAAUCACUUAUAACCGAAUCCUAUCUCGAACUCUUCCUCCAUACCCAAACCUCCAAUGGCGCUGGCAGAUAAGCUCAACGUCGCGCGUAUCGCCAUUAUCGGCGCCGGUCCCAGUGGCUUAGCUGCUGCAAAAUACUUCUUGGCGGAGAAAAAGUUCUCCAAGAUCCAACUCUUUGAGCAGCGGGCUACACCAGGAGGUGUAUGGAACUACACCCCCCUCGCACGGGAGCAGGGCUUUACUGUGCCUCGCACGCAGCCCAGCUCCCUCCCAGACCAGGUCAUUCGGCCCAAAGAUAGUGACGAUGUCGAGUUCAUGUCACCCAUCUAUGACCUGCUUGAGACCAACAUCCCUCAUUCUCUCAUGUGUUUCUCCGACACUGAGUUUCCCAAGGGCUCCCCGCUGUUCCCUCGGCACAGCGCCGUUCUGCAGUACCUCAAGGGUUACGCCGAGGAGUUGACCCCUUACAUCUCGUACCGGACCCAGGUGCUGAACAUUGAGAAGCCUGCCUCACAGCCAAAUGGGCCGUGGCAGGUCGAGGUCCUUGAUCUCAAGGCAAACCAGACCACCAAGAGUGAGUUCGACGCCGUGAUUGUCGCCAGCGGUCACUACAACGACCCCUUCAUCCCCAACAUCGCAGGGCUCAAGGAGUUUGACAAGGCGUACCCCGGAGCUGUUUCUCACUCCAAGUUCUACCGCCGGCCCAAUGACUAUUCUGGAAAGAAAGUCAUCGUGGUAGGCAACUCUGCCUCUGGAGUCGAUGUGAGCGUCCAGCUCUCCACCGUCGCCGCACUCCCUGUACUUGUUUCGGAAAAGGAGAAGCCCUCAGUCGUUCAGCCCCAGGCGAACACUCCUUGGGCGGCAUACGUGCCCGAGAUCGUCGAGUUCUUCCCGGAGACGCGUGGUGUUCGCUUCGCUGACGGUCGGGUUGAGUCGGGCAUUGAUUCCAUCAUUUUCUGCACCGGGUUCCACUACUCGUACCCAUUCCUCGCCAAACUUGAGCCCUCCAUCGUGGUCCCCGGUGGAAGUCACGCAGCCCAUCUUUGGGAGCACAUUCUCUACACUGCAAAUCCCACUCUUGCCUUCCUCAGUGUGCCCCAGCGGAUCGUGCCCUUCCCAGUCUCCGAGGCCCAAAGCGCCGUCAUCGGCCGUAUCUGGUCUGGCCGACUCAACGUGCCGUCUAGAGCAGAGAUGGAUGCCUGGGUUGAGGCUCAGCACAAAGUCAAGGGCGAGGGCAAGGCCAUUCAUGUGAUGACAUCUCCAGAGGAUGUAGACUACGUCAAUCGCCUCCACGAUCUCAGCACGACAGCUGCCACGGCCCCAGAGUUGGGGCUGGAGAACGACGGCAAUGGAAAAAAGCCCCCGUAUUGGAACCUGGAAACGAGAUGGAUUCGUGAGCGGGUGCCCAAGAUCAAGCUGGCCAGCCGCGCUGUAGGAGAGCGGCGACACGAACUUAGGACACUAAAGGAUUUGGGCUUCGAUUACGAGGAGUGGAAGAAGUCCGAGGAAGGAAGUGCGCAGUGAUUUGAAGCAUCGAUGAUGAAUUCCAUGUAUAUACUUAAUACCUAACGAAGGAAUAGAGUUUACGAGUUAAAGCUGA